GUAUGGUUGGUAUGUGUUCGUCGUAGCCGAGCAGAUGUUCCUGGUCUGCUGGUGCGGUGAUGAGGUCCUGGCAGAGAGCGAGCGCCUGCAGGUGUCUGUGUACAGCUGCGACUGGACUGGGGGAUCUCCUCGUUUCCUCAGGGAGCUUCGGAUCGUCCUGAGCCGCACGGGGCGCCCUCUGAUGCUCACUGCCAGCAAGUUCUACACCAUCACCAGGGAGACAUUCCUACUGCUAAUAAAUGCAUCAUAUUCAUAUUUUGCAUUACUGAAUCAACUGAAUUCAGAUUGAUCAACAUACAGGAACAGCCACU